GCUUCUACAGCAGAAACGUGAAAUUGAUUCCAAGCUGUUUGGAGAUCCAGAUGAAUUUCCUCUCGCCCAUCUGCUGCAACCUUUCAGGGAAUAUUACUUACAAGCUGAGCAUUCUGUAGCAGCUCUAAUCCAGAUCAGGCAGCGAGCAAUCAGGCAGGGACAAUGAGCUACCUGGACGGAGUGCCCUUCCGGACGGCCAUGAGCCUCGAGGGAGACCCCGCAGGAGAAAGCACCUUCAUCAAUGCACCGGCCAUAGACCUUCCCGACUGCGCCGACAUCCUCAUGAGCACCAUGCAUGACUUCUCGCUGGAGCGAAAGGUGCAGUACUGGCUGGAGGCUGCUUCCCAGCACCAAACCUCCCGGCAGCAGCUCCACGCCGACACCGUCCCCACGGCCCCGCCAUGCUGGCUGCUGCUGGUGGACCCCACUGAGAGCAAAGAGACACUGGGGAGCAGAGUGAAGGAGGGCACGGUGCGGCGCAGCAUCAGCCUCAGCGCUGAACAGAGCCGGGGCAGAGCCUCCGACACAGACAGCGAGGCCGGGUGCUCGGAGGAUGAUGAGUGCUGGGAGGACGAUGAGUAUUCCUCCACCUCCUGGGAGGAAAACGACAGGGAGGAGAGCAUUCUCCGGAGGAGAAACCAGCACGGCUUGCAGCAGAUCCGACCAAAGACGUCGCCCGGCUUGCUGGAGCCUCCUUCAGAGAACGGCUACAAGACUGUGAGCCCGGAUCCAGGCAAACAGAGGAGAUCCAUGGUUUUGUUCAACAACAUGAAGAACGAGCUGGAAGCAGCCAGGAGGAAGCUGGCUGCGUUGGUGCAUCCUUUAAACAGAGCCAUGGCCGAAAGCAAAGGGGCUCCCACACCACCAACGCUCCCCCAGCGCUCCCGAAGCAACAGGAGCCUCAAGUUUGGGCCAGCAGUGGAUGUGUCUCACAGGGGAAGCCUGGUGCCUGCUCCCCCCGCAGCACCCAACGCCUCCAUGCCCCCCAUCCGCAAGCACAAGCCCACGGUCCCGUCCCUCAGCCCCUACACCUGCCUGCCCCCAGCACGGCCGCUGGCGUUCCGCAAAGCCAAGCCAGAUUCGGCGGCCGACCUGCUCUCAGCACUGAGCCAGGAGGAGCGUGACCUCAUCGAGCCCGUCAUCGCCUUGGGCUACCCAGCCCGCAAAGCCAUCCUCACCCUCCAGAAGACUGGGAGGCAAAGCCUGGGGCAGUUCCUGGGCUACCUCCGCGCCUGUGACCGGCUGCUGAAGCAGGGCUACGAGGAGGGGCAGGUGGAGGAGGCCAUGGAAAUGUUCCAGUACUCGGAGAAAAAGGCAGCUGAAUUCCUGCACUUGUUAGCUCAGUUCAAUGACAUGGGUUUCCAGCAAAAUGAAAUCAAAGAGGUCCUCCUGCUCUGCGGGAACCAGAGGGACAAGGCGCUGGAAGAGCUCAUGAUGAAGAGGCAGUGAAGGUGCCCAUCACCAAUGGGGCAUCUCUGCACCUCCAGACCAGGACGCAUCCUGCUGCCCCAUCCCUUCCUGGGCCACGUUUACAAAUACAGCCACAUGCAGAUUCUUACACCAUGAUAAAAAUCAUCUGAACAGAUUGUUUUUACAAAAGCCGAGUGCUUUUUGCAGAAACAUUGGUUCUUCCUUUCUUGGGAAGAUUCUCAGCGGACUUUAUGAUGUUUGAAUGUUGUGGUUGGAAAUCUAGAUGUUAGCGUCUCUUCGUGAACUAGAAACUUGAGAAUGCCCAGCUCAGAGAAGGGUAUGGAGAGAACGUGGGCUGCCAUUGUUCUAGAUAGCUAAUGUGUGACUUUGACCCAGGACAAUGCAAAACGUCUUGUGCAAGGCUUUACGCUCAGGAAUUUUCAUGAAAUCUGAACCAGAGAUUGGCUCGUCUCUGCCUUUUAUUAAGCAAACUCAAAGGGUGCUUCUCUAAGUGGCAGAGACAGUGGCUCAAAACCAGGUUAAGCACAAACACCGAGAUCAGGAGAGUCUGGGUGCCUGAGGGAGUUUCUGCGCACAGCUAAGUACAAAGAACAGGAGAUUCAGAUCGCCUCACGGGACGUUGCUCUUGUUUUGGCAGUGGAGUGAUGGAUGAUGUUCUCACAUAAAAGUACGUUAUUUCCCUGUGAA